AUGGUGCAGCCUGUUAUUGCCCUUCAGAAUGAUGAGGAGAGCUCCCUAUUGCUCCAGUCCGGCGCUAGCGACCUCUCAUGGCGUUUGAACUUUGACGGCUUUCAGUUGUCUCCAGAGUAUAAGGAGAAGAAACCUCCUCGUGCACUCCAUCAUUGCCUUGGGGUUUUGAGUCCUGAAGAUUAUGUAGCUGAGUACUACCAGCAGCAGGUUGAAAUGCUUGAGGGAUUUAAUGAAAUGGAUGCCUUAGCCCAUAGUGGUUAUAUUCCUGGAUUGUCUAAGGAAGAACGUGAAGAUUUAGCAAAGAGUGAAACCUUUGCAAUAAGAAUAUCAAAUGUUGCCAAUAUGGUUCUGUUUGCUGCUAAAGUCUAUGCAUCCAUCAGAAGUGGUUCUCUAGCUAUAAUUGCAUCCACAUUGGAUUCACUUCUUGAUCUUUUAUCUGGUUUCAUCCUAUGGUUCACUGCAUUUUCCAUGCAAACACCAAACCCGUACCAGUAUCCAAUUGGCAAAAGACGUAUGCAGCCUUUGGGUAUUCUUGUUUUUGCCUCUGUCAUGGCAACUCUUGGAUUACAGAUAAUACUGGAGUCAAUUCGAAUUCUCUUAUCAGGUGAUUCUGAGUUCAACUUUACAAGGGAGCAAGAGCUAUGGAUUGUGGGCAUUAUGCUUUCAGUUUCUCUUGUGAAACUACUCUUAGUCGUUUAUUGCCGCUCUUUCACCAACGAGAUUGUCAAAGCUUAUGCACAAGAUCAUUUCUUUGAUGUGAUCACCAAUGUAAUUGGCCUUGUUGCUGCACUCCUUGCUAAUUAUAUAGAUGGCUGGAUGGACCCUCUUGGAGCUAUUAUUCUGGCCUUAUACACUAUUCGCACCUGGUCGAUGACGGUAUUGGAAAACGUGAACUCCCUUGUUGGAAGAUCAGCUGCCCCUGAGUAUCUACAGAAGCUCACCUACCUAUGUUGGAACCAUCACAAGGCCAUCAAGCAUAUCGAUACAGUUCGAGCAUAUACAUUUGGGUCACACUACUUUGUCGAGGUUGAUAUCGUUCUGCCAGGAGACAUGCCUCUGGAAGAGGCACACGACAUUGGUGAAUCAUUGCAAGAAAAGCUCGAGCUCCUGCCGGAGAUUGAGAGGGCCUUUGUUCAUCUCGAUUACGAGUACAAGCAUAAACCAGAGCAUGCACAGACACACUCUUAGAACAAGGCAAACACGGUACUCUCUUCACUCUACAUUCCACCUGAUCUAUGUGGUGAAGUGUAGAGAUCGAGUUUGAGCUUGUAAAUUUGCCUUAAUUCUAUCUGAAUGGUGUGGGAUUUCUUUGGUAAUCUUAGAAGAAAAUAGAGCAAAAAAUGAGCUUGUUCGUUCU